AUGCGAAUUUUACUUGUAUUUUCUGUUGUCUUUGUUGCUCUCGUUGCUAUUCUCGCUACGAACAUCUUCGGUAAACGCGACUAUCUGCAAGAAGGCAGUAUGGAUUCUGAGACUUCGAAAGAGAUGACGUUCAAACUUGUAAAAUCCAAGGAAUCAGCCCAAGAAACCAAAAGAACCCCUAUCCUUGUCCCACUUGCUCUCCGUCGCUACGUGAAAAAGAACAAGAACGAGAAGUUUAUCGCUGACGGAUGUUGUGUUCUGAAGACCAGCACGGGGACAUAUGUUCUUCUGGAUUUCACCGGGGAAGACCACAACAACUAUACUAGCGAGGAACUUCAAGAGAUUGCCCACGAAAUCCGCCAGACUCUUGACUAA